GAACUGUCACUGGCUAUGGGAAUAGAUGGAUUUCAGGCAUUACUUGAUUCAUUUAUCAGAAUCUAGAUCUAUUGUAAUUGUUUAUUUAGUUUCACGUUAGAGUGGCACGCAUAGGAAGCAGUGAGUGAUUUCUGGUGAGCAGAGAACCUGAGUUCUGCUGUUGUUUUUCCACAUUAGUCGUCAUCAGCCAAGUCCCCCAGCAGAACCCCAGCAAGAACAGCACCGAAACGAGGGGCCGCACAGAAGAGUAGAAUAAAGCAGGAGGAAGAAGAAGACGACGAUGAGGAGGAGGAAGAGGAAGAAGAAGAGGAGGAGGAAGAAGAGGAGGAGGAGGAGGAAGAAGAGGAAGAGCCAGUUCCGAAGAAAACCAAAAUGGCUGCUCCAGCACAAAGAGGAACCAAAGCUGUUGAGAACAAGAAAAUACAGAGCAAAGAAGGAAGCAGUGAAAUGGAGGUCAACAGCAGCCUUGCAGAGGAAGAUGUGAAAAGCAGCGUGAAAGACGCUCAGAAAGAUAAAGGUAUGCUUGUUGAGGCCAAGGUGAAUGGAGAGUGGUUCACUGGCCGGGUAGCAGCUGUAGAGACUGGGAAAAACAAUGUUCGCUGGAAGGUGAAGUUUGACUAUGUGCCGAUCAACACGCCGAAAGACCGAUGGGUAUUUAAAGGGGGUGAUGACGUGCGUCUCAUGCGCCCUGCUUCUCCGGAAUCUCAAAGCCCAGACACCAAUCAGGGUCCGGUGCGCUCAGUGACUCCACCCACGGCAGCGGAGCCGGACACCACCCAGAGUGGGCCGAGUAAGGAGACCUCUGAGAGCUUAGUCGGUAUGAUGAGGACGUUGCUUCGGUAUUUUUUUCCGCCUGAUUUCCGAAUUCCAAAGGAUUCGUUGAACAACAUGGCGGCUGAAGACCUUGUGGCGUUCCCCAUUAAAGAGUAUUUCCAACAGUAUGAAUCGGGCCUGCAGAGCCUGUGCAACUCGUACCAGAGCCGCGCAGAGUCACGGGCCAAAGCCAUCGAGGAGAAGAGCAGCGGGGCGGAGGCCCGGCUAGCGGAGACCGAGGAGAAGCUGCGCAAGCUACGCACCAACAUCGUGGCUCUGCUGCAGAAAGUCCAGGAGGACAUUGAAAUCAGCAGCGAUGAUGAGUUGGACGCGUACAUUGAGGAUCUGGUCACCAAGGGGGAGUGAGGAUGCCGCUGCUGACCUGCCCCAUUCUCCGCAUUCCGUUUGCCACGUUUUAUAAAAAUCCAUUGGUUCAGAGCUUUGUUUUGUCCGCGGUUGAGGAUGGCGAGUGUGGCAGGAACGCAGUUUUCCUUUUAGCAAAAGUCGUUUCAUCUUUCUAGUAUCUUUUAAAACUGUUCUACAGGGCCCUGAUGAAAGAGACUAUAACUGUCAAAAGAUUCAUUUUCUUUUCAUUUCAACGCUGUUUAGGCACAUAUGACGGUUCUCGGAGUCUGUUUUAUAUUUUUACGGUUUGUUUUAAACAUGUAUCAUAUGGCUUACACGAGGCACACAAUAAAUCCUUUAACCUGUGCA